AUGGCCACAGGGCUCAGUGCUUCUCCACCAGUUGUAGUUCUGCUCCUGUCCCUGCUGGGUGUGGCUACUGCUGGGAAGCUCCUGGUGGUGCCAGCGGAUGGGAGCCACUGGCUCAGCAUGCGGGAAGUGGUGGACAUCCUGGGGCAGAGAGGACAUGAGGUGGUCGUGGUGGCACCUGAAGUCUCCUUGCACAUCAAGCCAUCAAAGAACUUUGUGAUGAAAAUGUACUCGGUCCCCUAUACACAGGAAGAGUUGGAGACAGCCUUCCAGGCCUUUUUUCAUGGUUCAUUUGAGGAAGGUUGGAUUUUUAAGAGAUUUUUUAAAGUAUACAAAGGUAUGAAAACCCUCACUGACUGUUGGAUCACCAGCUGUGAGCAGCUGCUGCAAAACAAAGAGCUCAUCAGGUACCUUGAGGAGACCAAGUUUGAUGCCAUCCUUACGGACCCUGUAGCAACAUGUGGAUUGAUCCUGGCUGAGCAUCUUUCACUUCCUUCCGUAUAUUUCUUACGAGGAGCCCCCUGUGGGUUAGAUUUAGAUGCCAGGCUGUGUCCCAAUCCUCCUUCCUAUGUGCCCAGGGCAUUUUCAGACAAUACAGACCGCAUGACCUUUCUCCAGCGGGUGAAGAAUCUACUCUUUGACAUCCCAAAUGUUUUCCUCUGUGAUUUUGCCUUUCAACCCUACUCAAAACUGGCUUCAGAGUUCCUGCAGCGGGAGGUGACUGUGCAGGAUCUCUUACGCAAGGGCUCUGUUUGGCUCCUGAGGUUGGAAUUUGUGCUUGACUAUCCACGACCCUUGAUGCCCAACAUCAUUCCAAUUGGAGGAGUAAACUGUGCUCACAAGGAGCUACCACAGAGAUAG